AUGACGCGCGGUGUCGAGCACAUCGAUCCCACCCCCGAGGUCAUCCCCGCUCGCGUCAACAUUCAUCACCUUCAGCUCCGAGAUCUCCUCCAGCCUACCGGCAUCAAGGACAAGGUGCUCUUCGUCAGCCGUCUCCAGAUCGAACAAGCCGACUUCGCCACUCUCAAGGCACCAACAACGUACUGCACGCUCGAUUUCCAGCCCAACUGUCUCACCACAGGAUGCGGUCUCCUCGCUGCAGGUGGGCAGCAUGGUGAGCUCGCGCUGCGGCCCCUACACUCUCCUUCCUCGUCAGCAGCGCAGCUGCAUCUCGAUUCAUCAGAAAGACCACCAGCCCCUUGGCUACUACGCACACCGACAGGAGGCUCCAUCAACAACGCCAUCACCAUCCAGCCGGAUCUCAACCAUCCUUCCUCCAGCUCGAGCUCCUACUCCUCACGGUCCACAGCAUCGCUCUCUUCUAGCCCUGCCAAACCAGAUCUAGUCGACUCCUCACCUGCGCACUCCUACUCGCCCUGGGCCCGAGACGAGCCUUCUUCAUCAUCCACCAGACCAGGCGUCAUCUUCAGCGACGAAGAGAUGGAAUCCGAGCUCUCCGAGAGCGUCUUCGAAGAGCUAGCUGCCGCCUACGGUUUCGACCCUGCCUCGGUCAACCAUCGAUCCCGCUAUCGCCGCUCACCCCUCCCAUCCCUCACCUCUCCCAGCCUUCCCACCGCCGAUGCAGCACCCAUCAAAGUCAUGGUCUCGAACAACGACCAAUCCAUCAAACUCUACAAGCUCCGACCGCCCAAAUCUUCGCCCGGCGCUCUCGGUCGCAUCGAAUCGGGUCUCCCCGGUCUCUCCCGCAACACCACCCUGCAGUUCCCCACAGCGAUCAAUCACUCGUCCCUCUCGCCCGACCAGCGAACGCUCAUCGCGGUGGGGGACACACCCGAGGUGUUCAUCCAUUCCGUCUCGCGGACGGGCGAGCAUAGCAAGCUGGCGACGUAUAGCGCGUCGAGCGAUGCGUGCUUCUCCACCACCUGGUCGUCCGACGGGACCAAGUUUGCGGUUGCCAGUCAGGAUGGUGUGGUGAGCGUGUGGGAUGUGAGGAGCUCCAGGAGGUUGGCGAGUGUGAGUGCGUCGCAGGGGGGUGCUGGGAGUGGAGCUGUGCGGGUGGCCAAGUUCUCGCCUUGUGGUCGGUUCCUCGCCUUUACCGAACAUCGGAACUAUUGGAAUGUCACGGAUACGGUGACCUUUACGGAGACGCAGCGGAUCGCCGCACCGACCACCACCUCGGACGCAGCGGGGGAGGCGUGGGUGGAACGACGUCUCGCGGCGGACGAGCGUUUCCGGCUGGUGACGGGAGGAGACGAGGCUAUAGCACGCGAUCGCGAACGGCGAAGCAUCAUCCAUGCGAACUUCAUGCGCGAAUGGAACCGAGCCGUCAACCUGGUCGAUUCUACUUCGAGAGCAUCCCACUUCCCAGACUGGCUAGCCAACCCCACCUCGACCACCGGCAGCGCUCGGCGGGAAGACUUGCUCUCGGCAGCGCUCAACCAGCCGCCCGUGCACCGCGGCGAAUCGCACUCGAUCAACAUCAGCGGCCUCUGCUGGGAUCCGGACGGGGAACACGUCUACGUCAGCACUGAGAGGUGUAUCGCCAAGUACAACGUGUGCGAUCCGCGUGUCGCAGUGACCAACGCUGGGAUGCUGUAG